CGAGCUCUUUGCAGCCUUCAAGAGUGGCGUCGCUGGGCGGAGUUUGCGUCGACUCCACUCUUGUGGCAUCCACUCGCACCUGGCCCGACGUCAUGCAUAUUAUCGGCCUCCGCCCCAACUCUUACAUCCCAUCGGACCUGGCAGCAUGUUUGGGCAUUGCACAGUAUGCGAAGUAAGGGCUCUAGCGGCACACAUCAUGCAGUCCCGCAAAAAUGGGCCUGCCUCAAUGCAACCUGCUCCUCAGAGACUAACUCAUUAAACUUGCGCAAACAUAACGAUAAGCCGCAUAGUGGCCAGGCACUGCCGCGUGAUAGGCGUUGGAACUCGUUUUAACUCGCCUUGGCUUGGUUGGUUGCCUACAUUUUCGAAUCAUCCAGCAUUUGUGAUACUCUAAGAGGUGAAUAGAGCUUGGGGCCACACGUCAAAACAGCAGACGUACGCGAGACACAACCCCGCUUGCGUGGGAGAUGCUGCUUGAACAACUAUCCAGCCGCUCUAGAACACAAUACGCAUUAUGCAGUCCCCUGCACCGGCGGCGUUCGGCAAGCCGACCUCAGUUUGCAACACCUGUGUCGGCUUGUAAGCCAGAAGGCAGCCCGCGCGCCUGUGCCGGCCCGGAAGCCACAGCGACCGCCUCAGCCUCCCGCCGUUCCCUAUUUCUAGCGGGCCUAGGCUUGGCAGCCUGUACUGCCGCUGGCCUGUCGGCGCCGCGGCCUGCUGGCGCAUCGCUGGUCCGCUUCCCCGCUGACGUCCUGAACAACCGCUACUGGCUGGUGCGCGCGGGCGAGAGCUACUCGGAGUCCUUCGGGGAGCCGCUGACCAACCCGGUGUGGAAGACGUCGGAGCGGCACGGCCUGUCACCGCUGGGCAAGGAGCAGGUGCUCCGCGGCCUGACGCCCGACCUGGAGUCCCUGGGCGCCUGCAGCGAUGGUUGUUGGCUGUGGCCCAGCAUCACACAGAACGCCUACCAGACCGCGGAGGUGGUGGCCUACACACUGGGCAUCGGCCGCAGUCGCAUUGUGCCGGAGUACUCGUUCCUGGACGCGCGCGGAGUGGGGGCGCUGGAGAAUGAGCGGCUGGAGUUCGCGCGGCGGGUGGUGGAGGAGGGAGACCUGCUGGACGCGGGCUGGAAGCCAGAGAAGGGCACGGACGGCACACCGCAUGAGAGCGUCAACGAUGUGCUCGUGCGCAUGAGGCAGGUCCUCAGCAUCACCGAGACGCAGUACUUCGGUGACGACGUGUUGCUCAUAGCGCCGGACAGCGACUGCCUCAGUGUGCUGCAGGCCGCAGUGCUGGGCGUGGACCUGCGGCAGCACCGGAGGUAUGCGUUCAGGCCGGGGGAGGUGCGGCAGCUGCAGCUCAGCAGCGAGGCCUUCGACGCCAAGCCUGUCAGCUUCUCCUGCCCCGACCCACCCAAGUGCACCCGGCGUGCGGACGUGUAAUCCCGUCCUGGACGGAAGCAGUGCAUAUCUCUUGUGAUUACUGGUGUGUGUGGAGCCUGUAUGUAUGUGGGAGAGGAGGCUUUGUUGUAUGGCCUUAACUGCUUCUGUUAGGGAAGGCCAGGGUAGUCGCUUGCCUGUGCGUAAACCUGCGUGAACGGCUGGGAGGUGCUGAGGGGUGGACUGGAGCGACGUCGACCUGGGGCAAUACCCUGCGUCGCAAAGAACAAAGUAGGAGCUUGAGGCGCCAGGGCAAUGCGGCAGCAACGCCCUGCUGUUGUGUGAAGUUCGCCGAUGUAUGUUGAUUAUGGGGCAGGCAGGCCAGUCAGGGAGUGGGCGUCUCCUGCCGCCACUGACCGCCUACUUACCGUGCUGAAGCACCUCGGGUGCUGGUGCGUAGUGCAGCUGGUCGGGGCUUGCGCAAAGGAGGUCUGCACUUGCCUCCUGGAGGCUUGAAAUCCCAAUGUCAGCCACAGUACUCGGAUUCGUCAAGGGCUCUAGCACCGGCACUUAGUGCAUUCUCGGUUCAGGUGCUUGGACUGUGGGCUCUCGUCCUGAAGCUACUAAUACUAAUACUCCUUG